AUGGCGCACAACACGCCUCCGGGCUCUCCGCCCACGAUCCCAGGAAGCCUCCCGAGUACAUCGGCUUCACCUGCAUCCGAGCCUGAUUCCGCUCAGACACCAACCCUCCCAUCGAUAGGCGGAUUGGCGCAGCGCACUCUAGACAAGACUAGGGACACACCUCUACUCUCGCAGAGCCAGCCGGCCUUGCCCCAGCCAGGCCCUAUGCGCAUGUUCAGUCUUACGAGGAAGGGCAAGGAGAAGCACACCCAUGACGGAGAUCAUGCGACGACUUCGCAGUCUCAAGUGCUUGCCUCCCGUCCCAAGUCUCCCUCGCGCCUGUCCUCUAGGAGGCGGAAGCCCGCCACGGGCGGAGAGGAGGAGUCGCCUUUCAUCACCCCGAGCUCGCCCUCAUUAGGCCCGAGUCAGCCCGAGAACGCGAUAUGGCGCGGGUUCCGAUCGAUGCAUGCGGGGACGCAGACGUUUAUCCAGGCGUUGCAGGCCGUGCCGUGGGCCGAGGACCAGGAUAACGAUGACGAGUUCCUGAACCACAAUGCGACCCCUGCGGAGGCGGAGAGCGACGAGGAUGACAGACCUGUCAACCGCUUGACUUCAUCAAUUCAUGCCAUCUACCGCCCUCUGGCGCGUUUCAGGCGAGGGGAGCCCUCGAGCUCUACGCACCCCUCGGCUAGAGGCCAUACAUUACCCACGCUGUCGGAUACGGAAGACAGUGCACCAUCCGGAGACCACCCCAUGUCAGACGAGGAAGGCGACUUUGAACCCACCGCGCCUGAUCACGUUAUGGGCCUCAGCCAUACUGGCCGCACGUCUCCAGAGCCGAUACUUGGCUUGGACGCGUCCAUCAUGGAGAUCCAGGAGCUGGGCUCCAGAGAACGAGCUGCGGGCCGAUCUGCUAACAUGGCCACAGUGCGUCAGAACAGACGUACACAGCUGGCGGAGAAGCUGCGCGAUGUCUUCGAACUCGACAAUAUCAAUGAAGUGGUAGCAGAGAUGCCAUGUUGGCUUCUGCGCUCAGUCCUGCUGCAAGGCUAUAUGUAUCUGACUGACGCAUAUAUCUGCUUCUUCGCGCAUCUGCCAUCAAGAGAGGAUCAAGUUUUGAAGUCUGGCUCGCUACUGAAGAGGGCACAGCGCACCAAGCGCUGGAUCCGGCACUGGUUCAUCUUGAAGAACGACGUGCUUUCGUGGUAUCAGUCCGCUUCGGAUCCGUACUUCCCGCAUGGCGUGGUAGACCUUCGGUAUGCCAUCAGCUGUGAAGCUGUCAACGAGAAGGAUAUCCGCCUUCGGACGAACGAGAAAUCCAUAAGGUUGUCGGCGGAUUCUGCUGCCAGUCGUGAUGAGUGGGUGAAGGCGAUCCUCAAAGUCAUUUUGAAAAUCACCAAUAUGGGUGAUAGCAUCAAGAUUGCAAUCCCCUAUCCUGCUGUAGUAGAUGUGGACCGGUCAAACACGAUGGAGUUCAGUGAAACGAUCGAGAUCAAGGUGCAGGACAAGAGCUCAGAUCUCGCGCUCGACUCGUACUUCUUCGCGUACUUCAACAACCUGCCAGGGGCACUGGAACAGAUACGGGAUGCUGUACGGGCGUACCGCACCAUGCCCUCCUUCCAGCACGCACCCGUAGUAGUCGACACCACAACCGCCCGCUCACCUGGUCCCCGACCAACUGUCGAGCAUGUGCCGAGCACUCCCGAUGCUGGACAGCACCCAAAGUCACCUUCUGGCUUCAAGUUGACAUCCCUCCUGCGGCCACUACAAGAAACGUUGCCCAUGGGACGCUCUGCGAGCACGCCUGGUCCGUCGACAGGCGAUACAAACAAUGAGGAUUUCACGCACAUCAUCAAGCGGAGCGGCUCCUCCUUCGUCCCUAUUGCAACGGCGGCUGAGACGACCUCCCCCAUCGAAGGUGAGCCCUCAGGGCGACCCGACCUUCUCCGCGCGUCCUCCUCGAGUCUGACUCCCGUCCCCACCCCAACUCCUGCUGAUCACACCUAUCCUCCCUCUAUGUCCGGCUCGAGUUCAGACGUGCACCCACAUCCUCACUCCGCCGGAUCGUCGACCAAGGAUGCGCCAUCUGGGAGCGGGUGGUCCGUCGGCAUGCCUUCGAUGCCGUCCUGGCUCCGCGUGCCAUCGCGCAGCCUCUUGUUUGGUGUACCGACGUUGUCGGGCGUGCGGCCGCACCUCGAGCAUGCCAUGACGCUGCCCGCGACACACGCACUUCCUGGCGUCACGGAGAUCGUGUCGUCGCACUCACGUGGGUCGUCGCGGAGUCGGUUCCAUACCACAAGCGCGAGUGCGAGCGGCGACUUCGGGUUCUUCAGCAUCCUGGAGACCCCGCAUGAUGGCGUGGACGCAGAGACGGUGGACAAGUUCCGCCAGGCGUUCGCGUUUGACGACAAGGAGAACCUUCUGGGCAUCUUCCCUGGGUACUUGUACCGGUUGCUGCCUGUGCACGGCCGCCUCUAUGUGUCGAGCAACUACUUCUGCUUCAAGUCGACCGGACCAUUGACUUCACGCACCAGGAUGAUGCUCCCUCUGAAGGACAUCCUAUCCACCGAGAAGCAGAAAUCCUUCCACUUCGGACAUUAUGGACUCGUCGUGAUCGUGCGCGGGCACGAGGAGCUCUUCUUCGAGUUCGCCGAUGAAGAGCGGCGCGAUGCCUUUGUCAACGUCCUCCAACGCCAGCUAGACGAUACACGGCAGCGGAUCGCAUCUGGCGACACACGGAGCACGUCAAGCGGACGCCAGGAUGCGCUCAUCCUCGAGGAGUUUGGCUCGCGGGAUCCGCUCGAAAGAAGCGACUCACAGGGCAGCUUGUCGGAGUCGGCGGCGCCGGCACAUAUGUUCACGUCGCAGUCGUCGACGUUCCUAUCGUUCAAGCCGGACAAGUCGCUGCAUUUCACGAUGCUGACGAUCGGCUCACGGGGCGAUGUGCAGCCGUAUAUUGCUCUGGCGAAGGGCCUGAUGGCAGACGGACACCGAGUGCGGAUUGCGACUCAUGGCGAGUUCAAGGAGUGGGUCGAAUCGCACGGUAUAGAGUUUGGGUAUGUCGGCGGCGACCCUGCGGAGCUCAUGCGGAUUUGCGUCGAGAAUGGCACGUUCACGGUGGCGUUCCUGAAGGAGGGCGUGGCGAAGUUCCGUGGAUGGAUUGACGAUCUGCUUAAGACGUCUUGGGAGGCGUGCCAGGGCACAGACGUCCUAAUCGAGAGCCCCAGUGCAAUGGGAGGCUAUCACAUUGCGGAGGCGCUGAAGAUCCCGUACUUCAGGGCGUUCACCAUGACCUGGACUCGGACAAGGGCGUAUCCUCAUGCAUUCGCUGUACCUGAGCACAAGAUGGGCGGCAACUACAACUACAUGACCUACGUGCUGUUCGACCAAGUUUUCUGGAGGGGAACCGCUGGACAAAUCAACCGCUGGCGCAGGAAUACCCUUGGCCUACCUGGUACUAGCCUUGACAAGAUGGACCCUCACAAGAUUCCCUUCCUAUACAACUUCAGCCCUAUCAUCGUACCUCAGCCAUUAGACUGGCCAGAGUGGAUUAGAGUCACAGGCUACUGGUUCCUGGACGACGCCGACGUGGGCUCCAAGAAAUGGGAGCCUCCACAGUCGCUACUAGACUUCAUGGCGGAAGCGCGCAAGGCGAAGAAGAAGAUCGUCUAUAUCGGCUUUGGCAGCAUCGUCGUCCCCGACCCGAAGACGAUGACGCGCUGCGUCAUCGACGCCAUCGUCGAGAGCGGCGUGUACGCGAUCAUGUCCAAGGGCUGGUCGGACCGGCUGGUCAAGAACGCCCCUGCACAGACCGAGCCCGAGGAGCCUCUGCCGAAGCAGAUAUACCCCAUCUCGUCUAUCCCGCACGACUGGCUGUUCAAACAGAUCGAUGCUGCUUGCCAUCAUGGCGGUGCCGGUACAACUGGCGCGAGCUUGCGGGCGGGCAUCCCGACAAUCAUCAAGCCAUUCUUCGGCGACCAGUUCUUCUGGGCUGAUCGGGUUGAAGCGCUUGGUGUCGGUGCGGCCGUCCGCAAGUUGACUGUCGAUGUCCUCGCCCAGGCGCUGCGCGAUGCCACCACCAACCAGAAACAGAUUGACCGUGCCAAAGCCGUUGGUGAACAGAUUCGCGCGGAGAACGGUGUCGCUGUGGCCAUGGAAGCCAUCUAUCGCGACCUCGAGUAUGCCCGAUCCUUGAUCAAGGGCGCCUCUCACCACGAUCGCGACCUCCGUGAAGAGCUGUUCGAUGCCGAACAUGCCACCAUACGCGACUACCCGUCGGGCUCACCUGACGAACAUCCUAGCCCCAGUGGAUCAGCCACCGGUCCUGCCAGCGACUGGAGCGUCAUAUCGGACUCAGAUGAACCUUCGCACGACUCGCACGAGCUAUGA